AUGGCUCAGCAAGGUGCACAGGCUGCACAUGUGCCUGUGGAUGACAUAGAUGAUGAUUUGCCAGAGCUUGAAGCGGCCGCAGGCCCACAGCUUUCCUCAGCCGAUGCCCGCUGCCUCACCUUCCCAAGGUCAGAUAGUGUUAGGCCCUGCCCAGCUGAAUGCAUUGACAUGCUGCGUGUGUUGCCGAAGCCUGAGGUUUUUGCAGCUAGCACGAGAGAGCAGGAGCACACAUCUUGGCCAGGUUGGUUUUGGAGUUUUCAGCAGUACCUUUCAGCUCUUGAUCCGGGCUAUGGGCCCGACCUUGAAGCUUUGGAGGCGAACCCUGGUUCAGUGAUAGCAAAGGGCCAGGGCACUAUUGCACAGCAAGCCAGGUCACCUCAGCUGCAUUCGCUUUUGGCUGCCCUCAUUCGUGGCAGAGGUUACAUGAUUGUGCGACAGACCGAGACUGGAAACGGUUUGGAAGCUUUGCGUCAGUUGAUGAGCCUCUUUGCCCCGCGCUCUCAGGGGCGCAGCUUGGGCAUCUUGACAGCGAUCACCCAGGUGCCUUCGUUCAAUCCCUCCGAGGCGUUGCUUCCGCAGAUCCUUGAUUUGGAACGGGCUUUCACUUCCUAUGAACAGUCAGCUUCGGAAACCCUUCAGGGUAGCGUGAAAACUGCACUUCUUCUGCGGUGUUUGCCUGCUAACACAAAGAAUCAGAUAUAUGCCAGCUUGCCUGAGGAUGCUACUUACAGUCAGGUGCGAGAGGCAAGCCUGAGGAUUGAGCGUCAGCAUUUCAAGUGGCAGUCUGUUUCUUACUUUGGGACGGUCCGCGAGGCCACAGCUCAGAGGCAUGAUGAGGCAACGCAGAUGGAAAUUGAUGCCGUGCACAAAGGUCAGGCGAAUGUGCAUCAGGUUGUCAACAAUCCGACUCCGUCGGAGGCUGCACCAUCCACCGUGGGGCCGUCAGCGUCCCAGGCAGCGUCCCAAGCCACCGCAGCAGUGCGUCGCAUUGAGAUUGAUUUGAGUACGGUUGGCAGUGGCGCAGGCAGUGGAGGCAUUCACAUGAUCACACAGGCGAUGUCCGCGCCGAGACCGGACCAGGUGCUGCUCGAGCCAUACCCGAGCGAUGAGGUGCUACUCGAGCCAAACCCGAGUGAGGCGAUGUCCGCGCCCAGACCGGACCCGGUGCUGCUCGAGCCCUACCCGAGCGAGGCGACGUCCGCGCCCAAACCGGACUUGGUGCCACUCGAGCCUUUCCCGAGUGAAUUCAAUGAUCUUGUGCAUGCCACACUCCCUGCCAUGACCGUGCCUGAUCCUCUUGUGCGCAACUUUGAGCAAGCUGCCCCAAUGUAUGACAUGAGCUACAGUGACAGUGACGGGGAAUGGACGUUUGCGAAUGGAUCCUUGAGUGUUGUGACUUUUGCUCCAGAGCAUCAGGUGUGUGCAAUCCAUCAGGACAUUGAGAUCGUUCCUGACAGUGGGGCCGAUCACUCGUGCCUUCCUGCGGCCUUUGGUUCCACCGGGACCUCAGCGCCGCCAUUGCAGGCAACGUUCCGUGAUGCACAGGGGAAUGUGGUUUCUCCUACGUCGGUGCGCAAUGCAAAGCUUGACCUGGGACCCUUGACCAUAACGGAAACCUGGUUGAUAGGCCCCGUGACUACUCCCUUGUUGAGCUUAGGCAAGCUUUACCGCCAAGGGUUUACGGUUGGCCGUGUGAACAAUGAGCUAAAGCUUUUCCGUGAGGGAGAUGAAGCCUAUGGGGUCCCUGUGUUCAUGAAGCACAACUCCCUGUGUCAGGGGCGGGGCAGGCGGGGCAUCCGCCAGCAAGCCCCAGUGAACGUCAUGCACCACAAUCGCAAACCAGUUCCGGCGAACCUCAUGCACCACAAUCGCAGACCAGUUCUUUCUGAUGAACCUCAUGCACCACAAUCGCAGUCCAGUACACCUCAGGGCGAUUUUCACGAGAAUGCAUUGACUGUGACAUUGCAUGGCCCUUGGUUGUCGCUCAAAGCGCCGUUUGUGCAGAUUGACACAGGUCUGGUGGCAAACAAGUGCACAAGCCUGUGCUACGUUGAUUGCACAUUGGCUUUCCCUAGCCUGCCGAUUGCUUUCAGGACCACAUUGCACAACAGCCCGCGUGGCUGGAUUUUGCAUACGCUGAACGAGGAUCUGUCAACUUUGGAUGAUUUUGAGGCUAGGUUCGAGGCUGCAUUUCCAAGGCCCAAGAUGUAUGAGACCAUCACGAUUGGUUCCACGUACCGGCUUGAUGUUCGCCAGUUGUUCCCUGAGCACUCUGAUCACCCGCUUGUGGCAGUGCCAGUGCCAGAGGAAUCAGACGGUGAUCCGUCUCCCGAUGCUGCCGUGGAUUUGGAUGUCAACAUUGAUGCAGGCGGCCUUGACUUGGGAGCCAACGGAGGAGCGGCAGAUGAAGGCGAGUUUCCCGGUGCAGCGGGCAACGCGCCCGGCGAGAAGCCUGUUGUCGUUGAUGGCACUGAGUUGACCCUUGAUUGCACCCUCGCCACGUUGCGGGCCGCAGCACAGAGUCUCGGGAUAGGUAAGUCGGGUGGUAAGGCGACAGUUCUUAAGAGGAUCAAGGAGUUUCUUGCACGAAAUGAUUUUCUGUGGGCCAACCUUCCGGCUGAUGUGCAGCUGCCUCGUGAACAGGCGCCAGUGCGAGAGCCAUCCCAGGAUGAAGUGCGCAAGCAUUCGCUGACGCACAUGCCAUUCCAAGCAUGGUGCGCUGAAUGUGUUGAGCAUCGUGCCCGUUCUGACAGACAUGAGAGACACCCUGUUGGCGACCGUGAGCAUGCGACAAUUUGUUUUGAUUUUGCUUACACGAGUCGGCCUGAGACCCCCGAACAGAAGCUCGUGUGCCUAGUUGCGUCUUGCAAUUUUACCGGUGCGAAUCAAGCUUGGCCUGUCCCGGCCAAGGGCGGCAAUCUGCAGCUCAGGUACAUGACAUCAGAGCUUACGAGGUGGAUCGCGACUUUAGGCCACAGCGAGGUCACACUGCGCAGUGACCCAGAGCCGGUGUGUUUGUCGUUGCAAAAGCUUGUGCAAGCCCAGCGUCUUCGACUUGGAUUGCGGACCCAUCUUGGGCAGAGUGAGCCUGAUGAUCAUGCGGCCAACGCGGCCGAACCUGCGGUCGAGACCCUUCGACAGCUGACCAACACGUUGCUUUCUGAGUUCGAGUCCCGUGCAGGUGUCAAGGUGGCAUCGUUGGAUGCAAUGCACGCGUGGGGAUGGCGGCAUGCAAGCUUCAUUCAGCAGCGGUUCACCAGAUCGCAAGGCCAGACUCCGUUCGAGCUGGCAUGUGGGCGGCCCUAUCAGGGCAAGCUUGUGUGCAUUGGUGAGACAGUUUAUGGAAGAGUUAAAAGUGCUGUGAAAGGGCAGCCCCGAUGGGGCGUAGGUUUGUGGUUGGGAAAACUUGGGUGUAGCGACGGCCACAUAGUCUUCACUGCUUCGGGACAUUUUCUUGCUUGCAGGUCGAUUCGUCGCUUACCGCAAACUUACUUGAGGAGUGCUGAUUUUGCAAAGCGCCUGCGUGAUCAUCCCUAUUCCCAGGCUGCUUUUCUUGCGGGCCAAGUUGGACAGUGCAGGCCGCAGAAAACACGUGAUGCACAACAAGCACCCCCAGAGCCACAGCCAGAUGAGAGUGCCCCGGCCGGUGCGGAUCCACUUCCGUAUCCUGGCUAUGUUCUUCCUGACAAUGCACCGCUGAGUGAACUUGUGCCACCACCAGCCAUCAGAAGUGAUUUUGUGCCAGAGCCACCGACGCCCAUGCAGGAGGACAGUGGACCUGUCACGCCAUUGCAGCCAGCACCUUCCGAUGCAGAGGUUGUGAGCUCGCCUCUGGCUGUAGUGCCGGAUGCUGAGGUGUUAGCCGAGGCGCCAAAUGCUGAUCGUGCCACGGGAUCGUCCGAUCCUGCUUCUUCGUCUGAGCCAGCGGCUGUACGUGUGCCUACCAGGACUGCUGAGCCGAGUGCAAACGAGCCACGCAAACGGCUUCGUCUUGAUGCUGUGACGUUUGAAGGUGUCGACAUGUACCACAAUCACAAGGAGAAUGAUUUUGAAUUUGAGGGUGAGAUUUUAGAGGAUUUUGAUUAUGCCGCGGAGGCCGAUGGAGCCCAGGAUGACACGCGGCCGGAGUCAAGCAUUCCUGAGUGCUUGUUGCGCUGCGCACAGAUCCUGCCAGAGCACAAGCACUUGACCACUCGUUUUGUGGUAACAUGGCGCUGCAAGACCAUUGCAGGUUGCACAUACUGGCUCAGGCGAGCCAGGCUUGUGGCCCGUGAUUUUGCAUUUUUGUGCCCAGGCCGUACCGAUUUGUUUUCCCCUGCAUCGAAUGCUCUGCAAAGCAAGAUCAUCCCAUGUGUCUUCAUUGACAACUACCAUAACGGUUGGCAGUUGGUAUCAUUAGAUGUUACGGGUGCUUACUUGAAUUGCCCGCAGGCAGAGGACACAUGCACAAGUGUCAUGAUCAAUGGCGAACGCUUGUAUUUCCAGCUUCUCAGGCUCCUUCCGGGCCAGCGGGAAGGGAGCCAGACCUGGUUCUACCAGUUCACCGAUGCGCUGAAAGUCGGAAGCCGCGUCGAGCUGAUGCAAGAGGUGCCAUCGCUGUUCCGGUUCCAGCCUGAGGACGGCGGAGGCGGGGGACUUGUGCACGUCGAUGAUUUGCUUGGCACAGGACCUGCAAGUGUGAUCAAGUGCAUGACAGAUCAUCUUGAAAGGGAUUACAAAGUGACUGUGAAUUUGAUUUCGGUGCCAGGCCAGGAGGUUCAUUUUCUUAAGAAGCGGCAUUAUCUUUUGUCGAGCACAGAGUUGCUGAUUGAGGUGAGCCCAAAACACUUGGAAAAGUUGAAAUCUUUGUGCGGCCAUCCCAAGCACCGAAAGUCACCUCUCCCGUCCGGGCGGUUGCCCACGGAGAAAGAGGACGAUGCACCAUUGUCCCAGGACCAGGCAUUUCGCUUUCGAUCAGCCGUUGGAGUGUUGCUUUACCUGCAGUCAGACCUCCCGCACGCCAUGCACAGCAUUCGCCACUUGGGUACUGUGCAGGAAUCCGAGUUUGGUGCCGCGGUGUCAGCCGCGAUAGAUGGAACCCUUGUCUCAAGCAUGAUGCGGUUUGUGUCUCCAGAGCCAACGACACCGCCACUCUUGAUGAUUGACACUUCCGCUGCCCGCGCGAUCCUUCAACGCGCCGGGGUCGGGCGCGUGCGCCAUCUUGAUGUGAAGCUGCUAUGGACGCAACAACGGGUUGCGGAAGGAUUGCUGGAGGUGCUGCCGGCACCCACGCGUACCAAUGUCGCGGACAUUGGCACGAAGCUCCUCGGUGUGCAGCGCACGGAGUUUCUGCUUGGCCUGAUUGGGUUUAGAGAUUCCCGAAAUGGUUAUGCUAGGGUUGGAGAUGCAAUCUUGAGCACAGAGCACAAUGUCCAGGCCAUUCGCAAUGUGUGCAAGGAUCUGUCUAAGAUCGCAAAGGGUGAUGCCACGGCAAACACCGCCCGCAUCCUCAGUGUUAUCUUGAUUGCCACGCAGGCAACUGGAAGCCUGGGUGCGGAGGAUGGCGAUGAUGCCAAUGACGACGACGCGACUUUGACCAUUCUUGAUGCGAUUAUUGAAUCCUUGGUGGAGAUCGUCGGCUAUGCAUCUGCAGUGUAUGAAGCAUACCCUUCGACAUGUGUUGCGGUGUGCCAGUGCGUUGCAAUCACUGCAUUCUUGAUGUGUGCAUUCAUGUGUUGUGGCCGACGGAUGACAGAUGUUCCAGAGGCAUCUGUGCAGGUGCGCAUCGCGCCUGGAGUUGCGGUUGAUGUCCGAACAUCCCGCAUUGAGCCCAAAGCCAAGGCUGGUGAACAGGUGCGUGGAGCGCGGCCCAAAACCGCGAGUCGACCAAAGCUUGAUGACGACGAUGAGCGAGCCCAGAGUCCUGGUGCGCACGAGGUCCAAGCAAGCAAACCAGGAUCAUCCACCGAUGUGCUGCGAUCGAACAGCGAAGCCAGUGAGAAGAUCCCGAGAGCACGCCCGAUUCCACAGCGCCGGGUGCCACAGGCCCGAAGCGCAGACGGCGUGUGGAUUUCGACAAGUCAGGGAUACGCUUAUCAUAAGGCUACAUGUGGCAAGUUGAACCAGUCGCAGGGCGUCACUGAGGUGUCGCGAGCGGUUGCUGAGGAGCGCGGCUACCGCGCGUGCCGCAUAUAA